AUGGUGGCUCAGAAUAAAAAGGGCUUUAAAAAGGGCUUGAGGGUUAGGCUCAGAAAGCCAGGAGGUGAUGUGGAUCAUGCAUGUGUAGACACAAGUCCCUUGAAGUUGGAGGACGUGAAACAGGCAGAGCAUGCUGUCAUUCAAUAUCAGCAGAAAAGGCACUACUCUGCUGAGAUUGAGGCUCUGCAAGGUGGAGCAGCUGUGGUUGGCAAGAAAAGCCAGAUCCGAGGUUUGGAUCCGAUCUUGAGAGAUGGUCUGUUGAAGGUGGGCGGCAGGAUUAGUCGCUCCAAUUUGCCUGAGGAGACAAUUCAUACUGUUAUCUUGCCCAAGGGUUCUCAUGUUGCUAGGUUGAUACUCAACUAUGUACACCUGCUGUUGUGGCAUGGGGGUAGGAACCAGAUGCUGAGUAGGCUCAGAACAAAGUACUGGAUAGUACAGGCACCAAGUGCAGCAUGUAGUGUAAUCAGGAACUGUGUUGUAUGUAGGAAAAUGAAGGGUCCUUUAGGUGAACAGCGAAUGAGCGAUCUACCUGAGGACCGCCUGACACCAGACAAACCACCCUUUACAUGUACAGGUGUUGACUAUUUCGGCCCGUUUGAGGUCAAGAGGGGGCGCAGCGUGGUCGAACGUUGGGGAGUCAUGUUUACAUGUCUCGUUGUCCGGGCGGUCCACAUCGAGGUGGCAGAUUCGCUCGACACAUCCUCGUACAUCAAUGCCUUGAGACGGUUCUUGGCCCACAGAGGCCAAUGUGUUAAGUUAAGGUCUGAUAACGGGAGCAACUUUCAUGCAUCUCAAAAGGAACUGAAAGAGGCAAUAGGCCAGUGGAAUACCAAACAAAUUCAGGCUUGCAUGGUGCAAAGGGAGGUGGAUUGGGCGUUCAAUCCACCAGCUGGUAGUCACCAUGGUGGUGUUUUUGAGAGAAUGAUCGGACUGACCCGCAAGGUGCUUAACAGCGUGAUCAGUCAGCACUCAAUCAGAAAAAUGGAUGAAGAUUGCUUCCGUACACUGCUAUGUGAGGUUCAGGCCAUUUUAAAUGAUAGGCCUAUAACCAAGUUAUCUGAUCAGAGUGAUGAUCUUGAAGCAUUGACGCCCAACCAUCUCUUGCUAAUGAAAAGGCAACCAAGUUUGCCCCCAGGUGUCUUUGAAAAGGAGGAAAUCUACGUCAAGAGGCGCUGGAGACAGGUCCAGUAUUUGAGUGACUUAUUCUGGAAGAGAUGGGUUGGGGAGUACAUUCCUUUGCUCCAGGAGCGUCAGAAAUGGUUGGAGGUCAGGCGCAACAUGGAUUAUGGGGAUAUUGUACUGCUUGCAGAUGACAGGGCUCCAAGAAAUUCUUGGUCUCUUGGUAGAAUCAUCGGAGUCGUGCCUGAUCGACAUGGUGUGGUGCGUCAGGUCCGAGUCAAGACUCAGCACAAUGAGCUAGUCAGACCAGUGGACAAGCUGGUUAUGGUGUUAGAACAAGACGAAAAACUGGAGUAA